ACGGGUUGUGCCAAAUCUGUGUUCACCGCGUCUCGUUUCCUCUCCACAAUACGAACACGGACGAAAAGAACACCAUGUUAUCCAGAUUUAAAGACGCCACAUUUCAGCAGUGAAAAGAGGAGGUAGAGACAGAGGGGAGUGAACUAACAAAAUAGGUUAGAAAGGGACCCAGAGAAGAGAGAAUCCCACCGACCAUCUGCGUGAGGCGAGAGAGAGGAGGCCAACCGGAGAGCAGCAGCCGACUGCCCUGUGGAAUAACCUACGGUUUCCGUUGAUUUGAAACGAUAAUUUUGAUUUGUAUUUAUUAUUCUGUUAGACAUAUUACUAAAUUCUAACAACAUGUCAUCUUCUGGCAAAGACAACAGCGCACACUAUAUGAACUAUGUGGGACCUUAUCGUUUGGAAAAGACCCUCGGAAAAGGACAGACAGGCCUGGUGAAGCUGGGAAUCCACUGUGUCACGUGUCAGAAAGUGGCCAUCAAGAUCGUCAACAGAGAGAAACUCAGCGAGUCUGUCCUCAUGAAGGUGGAGCGAGAGAUAGCCAUUCUGAAGCUCAUAGAGCACCCUCACGUUUUAAAGUUGCACGACGUCUACGAAAACAAGAAAUAUUUGUAUCUGGUGCUAGAGCACGUGUCAGGCGGUGAGCUGUUUGACUACCUGGUGAAGAAGGGAAGGUUAACGCCCAAGGAGGCCAGGAAGUUCUUCAGACAGAUCAUCUCAGCUCUGGAUUUCUGCCACAGUCACUCCAUAUGUCACAGAGAUCUGAAGCCAGAGAACCUGUUGCUAGAUGAGAAGAACAACAUCAGGAUAGCAGACUUUGGCAUGGCGUCUCUGCAGGUCGGGGAUAGUCUGCUGGAGACCAGCUGCGGAUCUCCUCACUAUGCCUGCCCAGAGGUCAUAAGGGGGGAGAAGUACGACGGGAGGAAAGCAGACGUGUGGAGCUGUGGAGUCAUCCUCUUUGCACUUUUAGUGGGUGCCCUGCCAUUUGACGAUGACAACCUGAGAAACCUGCUGGAGAAGGUGAAGUUGGGUGUUUUCCACAUGCCCCACUUCAUCCCCCCAGACUGUCAGAACCUUCUUCGGGGCAUGAUCGAGGUGGAUGCCACUAAGAGACUCACGUUAGAGCAGAUCCAGAAGCACAACUGGUACAUAGCUGGGAAGAACGAGCCUGAGCCGGAGCAGCCUGUCCCUAGGAAGGUGGCCAUCAGAACCCUGAGCACUGAAGAGAUAGACCCGGACGUCCUGGAGAGCAUGCACUCUCUGGGUUGCUUCAGAGACAAGGGCAAACUCACCAAAGACCUGCUCUCUGACGAUGAUAACCAGGAGAAGAUGAUCUACUUCCUGCUGCUGGACCGGAAGGAGAGGUACCCCAGUCAGGAGGACCAGAACCUCCCCCCGCGCAGUGAGAUAGCUGACCCGCCCAGGAAGCGCGUGGACUCCCCCAUGUUGAACCGCCAUGGGAAGAGGAGGCCGGAGAGGAAGUCUAUGGAGGUGCUGAGUGUCACAGAGGGGGGCUCUCCUGUACCCGUACGACGAGCCAUCGACAUGGCCACACAUGGACAGAGGUCACGGUCUAUCAGUGGAGCGUCCUCCGGUCUCUCCACUAGUCCUCUCAGCAGUCCCAGGGUGACUCCGCACCCCUCUCCGCUGGGGAGCCCCCUCCCCACCCCCAAGGGCACUCCGGUGCACACACCCAAGGAUAGCCCGGCAGGCACCCCCAGCCCCACGCCGCCCCCCAGCCCCUCCAUCGGCGGACUGCCCUGGAGGACACGUCUCAACUCUAUCAAGAACAGCUUCCUGGGCUCGCCGCGCUUCCAUCGCAGGAAAAUGCAAGUCCCCACCCAGGAGGACAUGUCCAGCCUCACGCCAGACUCUUCACCAGAGCUUGCCAAGAAGUCAUGGUUUGGUAACUUCAUCAACCUGGAGAAAGAGGAGCAGAUCUUUGUGGUGAUCAGAGACAAGCCUCUCAGCUCCAUCAAAGCAGACAUCGUUCACGCCUUCCUCUCUAUCCCCAGUCUCAGCCACAGUGUGAUCAGUCAGACUAGUUUCCGGGCGGAGUAUAAGUCCACAGCCGGCCCUACAGUGUUUCAGAAGCCGGUCAAGUUCCAGGUGGACAUCACCUACACAGAGAGCACCGCCGCCACCAAAGAGAGCGGCAUCUAUUCGGUCACCUUCACCCUGCUCUCAGGUCCCAGCCGCCGUUUCAAGCGUGUGGUUGAGACCAUUCAGGCUCAGCUGAUGAGCUCACAUGACCAGCCCGGGGUCCAGCAGAUCUCUGCAACAACUAACUGUGUACUCUGCUCCCAGAUAUCUCUCAGCGGCAGCCCGUUGAGUAACUUCUUUGACGUAAUUAAACAACUUUUUUCAGACGAGAAGAGCAGCCAGGCGUCGCACAACGCCCCUGGCACGCCCGGCACAGCUAGCCCCGCCCCCGCCAAGCAUGCCCCCGGCAGCAGGCGAAAUGAGUCAUGUCCCCUGCCCACUCAGCCCCAGCCCACCCAACCCACUGACUCUAAAUGCCCCCCGCCUCCGGGCAAAGACAAACAAACAAAGAUGGCCGCCGUCAGCCGGACUGGGGAGCAACCUUAAGACCGGAGAGAAGUAGCUAGCUCUCUGUUGCAUGACUAGAUAAUAACCACCUGUUAUCAGGUCGUUCAAAACCCAAUACAAAGCCCACAAGAGUGUGUGAGAGAUGAGAAAUGAAAUGAGAGAUGCUGCUGGUUUCUUUGCUUUAGUCAGUAGGCUUAGUGUGUUUGUGUCUCGAAAAAAAUCUACUUUUGAUUAUCGCUGAGAUGAUAAACUUUUGUACUGUGUAAUAAUGGAAUGACUACAAUUUUAGUUUAGCAAUCGACCAUUGAUCAGUAUUUAACAAUAUUAAGUACCAGAGGUAGCCAUGUUUCUUUUCUGUUCCUCUAUCCUCUCGUCCCGUUCCCACGCCGUGGGGUGUGUGUGUCGGUGUGUGUGUGUGUGUCUCCUCUGCUCUGUGAUGAUGGCUUGACCUUGUCUCUACCACCAGGGAUCAUCACUAAAACCUAUUAGAGAAACAAGAUGGAGGGCAGUGUGUGUGUCCCAACCUGGGGCACUUUGUCAACAACGGGAGUAAGUGAGCCAGAGGCGGAGGACAAGAGAAAGACUUCACAUACUUCACACUGCUGUCCCCCUCCUCCCCAUGCACCCCUCCUGCUUUCCACCUGCACACACACACACACACACACACACACACACACACACACACACACACACACACACACACACACACACACACACACACACACACACACACACACACACACACACACACACUAAACAUUAGAGUACUAGAGACUCUCUUAUCAUCGUGACAGACACCCAGAGACAUAUUAGCCGAAGAGUUGGAGAAAAGCCUUAAAAAGACAAUGAUGUUUGUCAAACCUAUACUACAUACAUCCUCUCUCCUCCUUUCUCUCCUCCUUGCCUAUCCUCCUAUACUCACACACACACGCACACACACCUGGGGGAUGUAAGGACUUGCACACAAAGACGAAUGGAAGUAGAACCACUGGCUCCUAUGAAAGUUGGAGAGAGGUGGCGCGACUCUUGGAAGUUGGAUGGACGUUGGCUGAACGUUGGCUAAACGUUGGCUGGAUUGUAAUUCUUUUUAACGUAGUCCUUCUUUGUGAACUACAGGAUUUUAACACUUUAGACUUCUUCAGACUCUGUGUUAUUGCUGUAAAUGAAAUUAAAUUGAGUUAAUUAACUUUGGGUGGGCAUUUGGGAGGGAGGGGUACACAAAUGAAUGAUCUAUUCUGUUGUACAGACUAACUAUGUUCCCAUAUGUACAACGUUUGUGUAGUUGUGACAUUAUGUUUAGCUAAGAAUUGUGUUAACUUAUCACUAUAUUUUGUGUUUUCUACUUGUUUGACGUGUUUUAUCGAUGAAAUGUUGUAUUUUAUUUUCGGUUCCCUUUUGAGGGAUGAAUCAUUUCAGGGUUUUAUUUUCUUCCAUUUUGUUUUGCUCAUGUUCCUUUGAAAUAUCUGCAGGAUUCAGACAAAAGUGGACAUAAUUAUUGUGUAUAUUUGUUUCCCCUAUUGUAUUUUUUGCCAUGUUUGUUUUAUUUUAUUCUGGGUUAUUUAUAUAAAUGAUGGAGAAAAUGUACUAGAUAAUGUAAAAAAAAUUGUCAUGUUUAAUUUAUUGAUCAUUGAGAAUUCACUAAAUGUUUUUGUGAACAUUCAUUUUUUUUCCAGCUUGGAUGAGAAAGCUUGUAAUAUAUACAUUUGGCAAAUGAUUUAUGGUAAUUUAAGAAUGUAGAUUAGUCUCUUUGAGAGGAACGAGCCCUCUGUUGAUAAUAAUUGUGCAUUCCUUCUCGUUGUGUGUGUACGACGACAAAGGCAACCCUCCAGCCACUUGCCUUGUAAAUACAAAAAAAAAUGCUAACAAACUUAUUUAAAAAACCAAGGGGAUUCCUACUCUUAGCUUUGACCUUGUAUUGUCGUUUGCAUGUCCAACAUUUGUCUUUUCUUUGCAUGUUGUUGUUGGAAUUGUUCUGUCCCUUUUCCCUCUUUCCCCCUUCUUUCUUUCUUUCUUUCUUUCUUUCUUUCUUUCUUUCUUUCUUUCUUUCUUUCUUUCCAGUCUCUAAAUUUGUUUCUCUUAUUUUUAUUUUCUCUCACCACUUCGGUUGUUUGUUCGUCUUUGAGUUCUUUCUCGCAACCUCCCUUCUCCUUCCUUAUACUACUGUGCACAUUUACCGUGCAAUGCAUCCUCUGCACACACACACAGUUACACACACACACAAACACACACACGCACACACAGUUACACACACAAACACACACACACACACACAACACACACACACACACCGUUUCUCUCAAAGAGAGACCUGAUACUCUGGUCACGAACUCUGUCUGGGGUGGGAAUUGGUAUCAGAGAGAUAAAAAUAAAGCAAUACCUAUUAUUGUUAUUCUUUCUAUUUUGUACUAUUGGGUAGCCGGGCCACACAGGACGAUGGACAUACAGUAGAACACAACACCAGGAGCGCUGGUAUUUAGCAGGAAACCACUGGCAAUGUAUCCCCUUGUGACAUAACUGUGAACAACUUCAGUGCAAAAGGAAAUAAAUCUGUUGACU